AUGAAGACCCAAUCUAUGCUUCUCGCCGCUCUGGCCUCGGCCCCUGUUGCCCUUGCCCACACCGUCUUCACCGACUUCUUCGUCGAUGGCAUGCCUCAAGGUGAUGGUGUUGCCAUCCGCAUGAACCCCAACGCUGCGAAAGCCAGCAGCCCCAUUGCCAGUCUCGAUAGCGAGGACAUGGCCUGCAAUGUCGGUGGUACCAAAGGAGUCUCCCGCGUCCAGCCCGUUAAGGAUGGUGCCCUGCUCACGUUCGAGAUCCGUUCAUGGCCCAACGACCCUAGCAAGGAGCGCCUUGACCGUGGCCACAAGGGUCCUUGUGCCGUUUACCUGAAGAAGGUUGCCGAUGCUAGCACCGACAAGGCUGCUGGUGAUGGCUGGUUCAAGAUCUUCGACCAUGGCUACGACGCGUCCACAGACCGCUGGUGCACUGACGAGAUCAUCGACAACAAGGGUCUGUUGAACGUGAACCUUCCCAAGGGCCUUGAGGGAGGUGAUUAUCUUGCCCGCCCCGAGAUCCUUGCUCUCCAUGCCGCAAACGACAAUGACCCUCAGUUCUACACUGGUUGCGCGCAGAUCUUCCUUGAGAGCAGCGGAAACCUAGUACCUGAGAGCACUGUUUCCAUCCCUGGCUACGUGAAGUACGGUCAGCCGUCUACUGACUUCAAUAUCUACAACACACCCGGCAGCGAAUACGUGGUCCCUGGCCCCAAGGUCGCCAAGCUCACAGCUGGCAGCACACAAAAGGCCUCGACCACUCAAGCCGAUGGUCUGAAGCCCGAGGGCUGCAUCAUGGAGAACGCAAACUGGUGCGGCAAGGAAGUCCCUUCGUACGAUACGGAGAAGGGCUGCUGGGCCUCUGCCACAGAUUGCUGGGACCAGAGCGAUGUGUGCUUCAACACUAGCCCCGCAACCGGCAACGCAGGCUGCAAGAUCUGGCAGGACAAGUGCAAGGACAUCAAUGCUCAAUGCACAGCUAUGAACUUCAAAGGUCCCCCUAACAAGGGCAAGAUCCUUACUCCCGUUAAGAAGAGCAUUGAUGUUGGCAAGAUCAUGGCCACUGUAGGUGGUGGUGUCGUGGAUGCUGCGCCAAAGACUAGCUCGGUGAAGAAGGAAGAGAAGGUUGCGAAAGCUACUCCUACGCCUGUAGCUGACAAGCUUACACCUGCUGCACCCAUGCCUACAGUGGACGACCAGUACGAGAGCCCCCCUAUCGUUGAGGCCUCGGCUGCUCCUCCGGCGCCCACAAAGCCAACCACCUUUUCCAAGGUGCCCGUCUCUACCAUUACCGUCGGUCCUUCGUCUGCGAACGCGCCUGCGCCGACUGAGGCGUCGUGCCCCAAGGGAUGGAAGUGCGUCACUGUGACGGAUGUUGAGGUUGUUACCACGACAAUUUACGUGACUGCUACUGCCUUGUAA